UCAAUGAUGGGACCCAUACACCAUGCUUAACUGGUAGAUAAGCCACGUUAUACACUACUUAAUAUAUUAAUUCAUUGAAGAUUAGAGUUUGAUAACAAGAAAAUGAACACAAUAAAAACAGCAGGUAUCAUUUAUCAAUUAUCAACAUCAAUCAACAGUUAAUUAGCUGGUUGUUUGAUUAAUGUCAAGUUGGGUAUCGAGGAAAGUAGCUUUAUGUUGGAUUUCAGAAUAAACAAAACCAAUAAACAUAAGUCGAGCCACUUAUGGUUCAUUAUAAGAAGCAAGGAAAAUUUUGUGAUCAUAAAAUUAGAAGAAGAUUGUAAAGGAAAAGGCAGAGAAAAAUGGAUUUCAACCCAAGUACUAAUAAGAAGAUGAAGAAGAACACAACAGAUGAGCAAUCCAUGCUCCUUUGUUGUAAGCUCUACAUAUCUGAAUCAAGAAACCUGGCCGCCCUCGACUCAAUCGAACGAGCAGCAGCACUGCACCGGGAGACUGUGAUAAUGGACAAAUUUGAAGAUCGUGCAUAUAACCGUGUUCGGUAUACUCUUGUGUCCUAUGUGAUUCAUGACACUACUACAGACAGUCCAAUCUACAGCCCGCUGCAACAAACUGUCCUUGCUAUGGUUGAGGCUGCCUACCAAGCCAUAAACCUAGAACAGCACUCAGGAGCACACCCUCGGCUUGGUGUUGUUGACCAUAUCUGUUUUCAUCCCCUUGGCCGAGAAAAGUUGGAAGAAGCAGCUUGGCUUGCUAAAUUGGUAGCAGGAGAUAUAGGCAACCAGCUCCAAGUGCCAGUAUUUCUCUAUGAAGCAGCACACCCAACAGGCAAAGCCCUCGACGCCAUCCGACGUGUUCUAGGGUAUUUCCGCCCAAAUUACAUGGGUAGCCAGUGGGCAGGAUGGGCAUUGCCAGAAGUUCUCAACGAGAAUCCUGAUGAGGGUCCAACCCAAGUACCUCGAGCUAGAGGUAUUGUAGUAAUUGGUGCAAGUCCUUGGGUUCGAACAUUCAAUGUACCCGUCAUGUCUACCAAUGUAUCGAUCACAAGAAGAAUCGCUCGAAAGGUGAGUGCUCGAGGUGGUGGGCUUCCUACUGUCCAGGCUAUGGGUCUUGUUCAUGGUGAGGAUUCAACUGAAAUAGCAUGCAACCUCUUGGAGCCAAACAGGGUCGGAGCUGAUCGUGUGCAGCACCAAAUUGGUCUUCUUGCAGCUGAGGAAGGAUUGGAUGUUGAGGAGGGCUAUUUUACUGAUUAUUCACCAGAAAUGAUUCUUGAGAAGUAUAAGAAAUUAGUAUCUACAAAUCAAUAAUUAAGAAUAAAACUCAAAGGACUUAACCUCAAACUCCGUAACCAUCCCUGAAUACUAUGUAAAUUGUUAAAAUAAAGAAAGAGUGUCAUGUUUGUGCACAUCAUA